GUUCGAUACUCCCAUCUUUCUUCAAAUCAAUGCAUUUACUGCACCGUUUGAGUCUUGAGGCGGAGUGCGUCUGCAUUUCGAAGUAUAGCCUACCGACACUCUGGUUUCUAAAAUAAGCUGGAUCGAUACAAGGGUUCUACUUUCCCACACAAGUCCGUACGGGCGACAGGAUAUUUAGCUUCUUGAUCGAUCACGGAUUUAUUCUUGUCCAAAAAAAAUACUCGCUUUCAAAAACAGGUCUUGCAGGGCCAUAACGUGCCGGGUGUCUGUUGUAGAAUCAAUAGAGCGCUAAUUAAGAAGAUGCCGACAUUCCCGUGCCUCGUCUUUCCCGCAUUUCUUGCUUCCCUAAUCUUGCCUCAGCUUUCUUCCGCCACGAGAAAAGCGACCUUGCCUGGCACUGAAUCGAAGCGAAGAAAAACGACAGCGUGGGCCAGCCCAAGGGAUCACUUCUCCCCUUCCCCACGCACGGAAAGUAGCGCAGCCGCGAGCCCGGUCGUGGGCGACGGAGCAAGCGACACUACCGCGACUCCACUCGCGUCUUCCCCCGAAAGCGGCGAAGAACUACAACCUAGUGUGUUCCUCUUACCGCAGGUGUCCACAAACGACGCGCUUCCGGAGGCGGUGAUCGCAGAGGACCUUUUCCCCACCGAGGCGCGACUUCGCGGUGGCGAGUACCUGCAGAGCGACGAUGUUGGCUACUUCGACCGCAUUCCGCAGGAGCUGCAGCGGAUUUUCCAGGCUCCCAACGUGGAGUCGGAAGAUUUGCGGAAGUCGGUUGAUGCGCUGAUCCCCAUGCACGAGCGCGAGUUGGAAAAGCUGGGGGGCAGCUACACGCUCCGGUCGGGCGACAUGUGCCUGGUGUGGCGUCCGACGGUCGGCAAUUGCGACUUUGGCACUGUGAUGGGCCCGUGCUACCAGCGGCUGGCUGUGUACUUACAAUCCAAAACGAAAAGGAAAACCUGCCGGCACGGGCAGCGGUUCCUGCUGCCCAGAACCGCCCGCUGGUCCAUGUACGAAGCCAGCGGGGCGAAGGGGGUCUGGUACGACACCAUUAGUUCCAUCGGGUGGAAGGACAUGCAUUUAGUCCGCCACCCCGUGUACCUGGAUUACCCGAACUUCGUGGCGCAGAAGGCAACGAUCAAUAAGAACAUCUGCAUGCAGGUCUCGCCUUUCACCGAGCAAUUCGACCGGGUCAAUUUUGCGCAGAUGCUGUCGAAGUUUCCCGAAAAGUCCGGGAAGCUGAGCGAGGACUGUGCGAGCGACCAGGACCCGGAGUACUGGACGCUGCGGGGGUGUUUGCGGUGCAUGAACGUGAACAAUCCGCACGAGGUGUGCGAGUUCAAUGACUACAGUUCGUGGAUGAACGGCGAGGAGGGCUACCAGAAAUCCUCCUCCGCUAAUAUCGAGGAAGAAGACUCUUCCCCUCCCGGCAACGGAACCCCGCGGGCGCACUUUGUAGCCUCCACGUCGGCUGAGAUGAGCUACAAGCGCUGGGCGCGGGAUUUCUACAAAGACGGUAGUACUACCGCAAACCAGGAGUCCUUCCGGCAGAGUGUGGACCCGGUGCUGAUCUACCGGCAGUACGAGGGGAAGACGCAGAAAAUCGCGUUCCAGAUGAAGUGGCGGGAGUGCGUGGCCCGCCAGCUGUGGGCCUCGGCCUACUACAAGAUGUUCGGCCGCCGGCUGCACUUCGUGUACAAAAUGCUCAACGACGAGCUGCAGGGUCCGGGGGACGACGGCACCGCGGUGGUCCGUGAUUUGCAAAACAUCGACGCCUGGCAGGGCUGGGAGAAAACGUGGAUCGGUCCGCCAAAUAUGGGGAAAAGCUGGAAGUUCCGCCACGUUUCCUUCGGAUUCCACGGAUACCAGCGCGGCGCGGGCUUCAUGACGGCCACGCAGGGAAAAAACAUUCAGGACAUCGCGAUCUACGGCUUGGCGCCCUUGCUGGAAAACCUAGCCGUGCGCGCCCCGGGACAGCAGCAGCAGCAGGCACUCUUUGGUGCCGGGCCGAGUAACACGAACCUCGCGGGCGGUGGGGAUCAACAUCAGGGCGCCGCAGCCGGUGCAGCUGCUAGUAGUACAACUAUUACGCCUGCUAGUGGAAAUGACAACCGCACCGCUGCGGAGCUCGCUCAGCUGGACGUCGCCCGACCCGCGAAUGUCGAGAUGCAGAUCAAGAACCUGAUUCUCUUCGACAGUGUUUGCUAUGGUGGGAAGAACAAAAAAACCGGAAAACGCAUUUCUUCGUCCAUCGGUCGGGUGUUCGAGAGUUUGUACAAACGCGGGUGGUACAGGUUGCAGGCGUUGGGGUCCAUUGACCUACAGUCCGCCUACCGGUUCCGCUUCCAUUCCGUUCGGCCAGGCUUGCCUGUCUUCAGCUUCGUCCAAUCGGACCGAUCGGAGGGGACGCGCAUGCUGGAAGAUUGGCAGUAUUUGCCGGGCGACACGGUGGACGUGGUACUCGCCAAAGGACCACGAGUGGGAAGUCUUGCGAGUGACGCAGUGCCGGCGGUGCGAUGGGUAUUUUGUUCUGUUCAGUAUAGGGGUGUUUUCUUAUCAACAUAAACUUUUAUUUAUUCUGCUUUGCUAUUUGAACACGAUAUUUUUUUUCAUGAUCCGAUAUCGAACGUAAACAGAAAAAGGUUAUCCUCAUGAUCUACAUUCACAGCACCGUGCAGUGGUUGUUGACGUCGGCACAUUGAGUCCCAACACGACUCUGUCUCUCCUGUACGCGAAAGACCAGAUCGACGGACCGUCCCCACUGCGACCGCGCAUCAAGCUCUGCGACGUUCACCCGAACGUGCUGGCGAACGUUCCUGGGGCGAAAGCGCAAGCGGGCAUGCUGGAGCAGGAACUGUUUUCACCGCAGUUCGUCCCGGACCCGCGGACCAAACAGAGAUUACUCCAGCAACGGGAAUUCGAGGACUAUGCAGUUCUGCGCCCCCGGUUGGCGCCCGUCAACGAGCCGCGCGUGAAGCGCAGUCCCUACAACAUCGGCGAAAAUGUGAAGGUUUGCCCCUACAGUGGGCGGAGCUGCCUGCUGAGUGACUUCCGCCAGGGCCACGUCUUGUCCAAUAGUCCGUUACGGGUGGAAACCCCGCAGUACGGGGUUUUGGAGCCCUGGCAGUACUGCGGAACCGAUUUCGUCAUGAAGGAAGCUGCCUUCUCGGCACGGGUGCGUACGACCGAAGCGCAGCAGGCGCGGACAAAUCGGCAGCGCUCCGGUGGUGCAAGAAAAAUGCGAACGGUGGGACUACCGAUGUGAGACAAAAAUGCGAUAACGAUAUGAAUCAGAAAGUCAUCCUGCAGUGCGAAUGCGGGAGGACAACGACAAACAACAAAUGAGCGAAAAGACUAGAACAGGGACGGUCCGUCACUUGUUAGCAAUGAUCUCGCAUUCCCUUUCUUCAAAUGUAUCCUGGGACAGAAUGAACAGAACUUGCGGGACGAAGCCACUAAGUUAUGACGAUUCCAGCAGAGAUCGAUCUCUCCUGGGUCGUCACUUCUUCUAGGAAAUGAGGACACUCUGCACCAGAUGAGCCAUACGAAAGUUUUUGCUUUAUCAAAGGCUCUUUUCUUCUACACUCGCUUAAGCAGAGCUAGAAAUGAAUACUUUUUGUAGAUAUAGUCUGAAAAACGAACCUACCUUCCGUCACUUAACGUUUCGAGCUCUACUCUCAUUUGUCGUUUGCAAAAAGAAAACUUUCAACAACAAUUCUGACGCUUGCCAAAUGCAUGACUAAGAAAGCGUUUUCAACCCAAGAGAAAAACUGUCUUAUUUUGCUACGUGGGCUGCGCGUGUCGCAGCAGCUGCGUUCUCUAGUAGUUCUCAAUGGAUUCAUUUUCUCGUCUUCGAGCUUGAUACGGCUACUCCGGUGUAGCUGACACAU